AUGAUCCAGUUCCAACAGGAGCUUCAUGUUCAGAAAAUAACAGAGGAAAGUUUCCUGCAAAGAAAGAGCACCUUCUCCAGUUGUUCGGCCACAGUUGUCCAUCAUGUGGAGUGCGACUACACGUACGGAUGGAAAAGUCAGGUGGACGACAGCGUCCCAGCAGCUGAAGAUGGACACUUGAAAGCAGGCUUAAAUACAGCAAUAGAUAAUGAAACCCCCAGCAGCACCUCAGAGGUUCCUGAAAUCGUUGCAGUAACGCAUGAGAGUGACCCCAAAGAGAAAUCCAGUGAUCUUAGGGACGUGGAUUCACAUGAAGAGUGGAAACCAGAGAAGGAUGUUUUCCCUAUCAAACUGUACCCUGCAACACAGAGGGAAUCCAGCGAGCAUGUUGAAUACUGCGACUACCUUUCACUCACCCCAGUAUACAGUCAGCUCUGCACAGACUGUGGAAGGUUUGUUGACGGACGAAAGCCUCACGUUUGCGAGCACAAAGUGAAGCCGUACUCCUGCAACAUUUGUGGGAAACGGUGCGUGAGUGAAGUGGCGUUGAGUUUUCACAGCCGAGUCCACAACGAAAACUACGAGUUUCGCUGCAAGUUCUGUCACGUUCCGUUCAAGUUAAAGGCAGACAAAUUCACCCACGAGCAGAUCCAUGGAGCCGAAGGGAAACCGUACAAAUGUCCGGACUGUUCAAAGACAUUUGCUACAAAUGAUGAACGUCGAGUUCAUUUGGAAGAGCACAGAGGCACGGUGGAGUUAAAAUGCCGCUUCUGUGGGAUCGAAUUUUACCGUCCUCUCUCCAUUCAGAGACAUUUAUUAGUGCACACGGGCGUAAAACCAUACAAGUGUUCGGUGUGCCAACGCGGCUUCAACCAGGCGAGUCAUCUAAAGUCCCACAUGCGGCUGCACACAGGGGAGCGGCCUUACGAGUGUCAGCGCUGUGGCAAGAGCUUCAAUCACAACGUCAGCUUGAAGAGUCAUGUUAAGCGUUACCACACACCCAGCUCUGGACCAGAUCAGGACAAAGAGACAAAAAGCAAAAAGGAAAGUGAGGCUAAUAGUGCUCAGAUUAAUGGGCACCAGAUUGGUGCAGCAGACCUGGACCUUGACAGUGAAGUUGAGGAACAGGAUACAGAUGAUGAGAUGGAGGGACAGCACAGAUGUAAAACUAAAAGGAGCACCGGUAGACCGAUAGGAAGGCCUAAAGUGUUUGGAUCAGGAAAAUGUCCUGUGGACAAUCAAGCAGAAGGGUCAAACACAGGGGCUAGAAAACCACAAGUUAGGAGUCAAAAACAACUGAGUGAUGAGGACAGGCUGUCUGACAGCAACACAUUUGAUUCUGAAGAAGGCUGCAGGAAGACCAUGAAGAAUACCGUGAGAUCUAAAAAAGGAACUGUAGUAAAAACGGGAAGAAAUAAACUGAAGACAACUUUACAAUAGUUUCAUUAG